AAAUUACUAUAGUUUACGUUUUUGAGCCACAUCACACAAUAAAUUAAAUUUCGUUACGUAUUUUUAAUAUAAAAAAUUAGUUAUUGUUACAAAAAUUAGUAUUUUGAUGAAAGGUCUCAUUAAUUAGGGUGUCAAACAAUUAAAAACUUACAAUGUCGGAUAAUGAUAACAAACCACCGGAUUUACCAGAUAGUAAUAAAGAAGAUGAUAAAAGUUCAGUGGAUUUAGUUAAUUUAAAUACUACUGAUAAAUGUGACAAUCCUGGUUCGCUGGUGGAUUAUAAGAAUUUAAUGUUGAAAAAUAAAUUUGAUUUGAAGAAAAAAGAAGAAGAAGUUCAGGAGUAUGCAAAGAAAUUGACAAAAAUAAAAUCAAAAGUUAAAUCACGUCGUAGUGUUGACACAUCGGGGUUGUCAUCAGUAAAUGAAACAAUGUCACCUUCUAAAUUGGAUCAUAGUGAAGCUCAAACACCAUCGGAAAGAAGUCAUCUGUUGCAACAAAAAUUGGAAGAAAAUCGUAAAAUAUUUGAACAGAGGAAUAAGAAUUUAAUUGAAAGUAAACGUGCUGAUGAAGUUAAACUUGAAGAGAUUCGCCAGCAGUUAUUUAGUGGAGAGACGACUGUUAGUGAGGAUAUUAAUUUUAAAUAUUUAACUGAUGAUAAAGACAAAAAAAUUGUUGAUUUAAAUAAUAAAGUUAUGGAACUCGAGUCAAUAAUUAUGGAUUUAAAGGACAAUUUGAAUAAUAAAGAUUCUGUUAUUGAGUCGAAAACAAAAGCUAUCACCUUAGUCUCGGAUAAUUUAUCGCUGAAGAGUAAGGAGACGUUGGAUCAGCUAGAGGAUACCAAGGAUGAGAUGCGGAGUAUGCAGGAGAAUUUUAUUAAAAUUGAGAGUAAUCUUAAAGUUAAAAUAGAUAGUUUAAUAAUGGACAUUGGAGAGAAGGAUAAAAAGAUAAAUGAGUUAGAGGGGGAGAUGCACAAAGAACAGGAGAGUGUGAGCACUGUGACUGACGAUACGCUGGAUAGUAGAAACGAAGAAGUUGAUAAACUUAAAAGCGAACUCGAUGAAUUAAAUAAAAGUAUGAUUAAAAUAAAGGCACAAAAUAAAAGCAAAUUGAAAAAUUUACAAAGACGAUUGGAUAGAUACCAAAAGUCUGCGGAUCCAAAUGACCAAGUUGUAAAUUUAAUAAAUCAAGUAUCUAUUUUAGAAGAAGAAAAAGGUAAUCUCCAGCUGAGUCUUGUAGACUUUGACGAAAUUAAAGCAACCAAUCAAGAGUUGCAGAAACAAAUAAGUGAUUUGAGUGAGGAAUUUAAUAAACAGAAACAACAAAUUCAAGUACAUGUUGAUGCAUUAGCUCUUUUGGAAAAUGAAAAGCUAGAUCUUGUUCAAGAAUUAGAAAAAGUUAAAGAAGAAGCAGCCAAAUUAAAAUCUGAAAAUGGAGAAUGUGAAAAUCUACGAGUUACUGCCGAACUAAAAGUUGUCGAGUUAGAGGAACAAUUAGAGUUAUUAUACAAACAAAAUAAUAAAACUGAUGAACCAGAGACAUUUGUUGACAAUAAUAAUGAGCUGGUAAUAAAAUUAAAUGAACUGCAAGAUAAAUUUGAUUUGGCAAUGCAGGAAAAAAUUUUGUUAGAAGAUAAAUUGAAUAAUUUAACAAACUCGGCGAGUACUGAUCAUGACGAUCAAGAAGUUGCUUUGAUGUCUCUUAAAACAGAGAUUGUUAAUUUAAAGCAAUUGAACGAACAGCAGCGGACAUUUAUCGAUGAUAUUCAGUUACAUUUAACUGAUAAUCAAUUGGAAUUGGAACAGAAAAAUAAAUUGCUCGAUCAUUAUGAAGGAUUGAUUGAUAACUGUACUAAAAUUCAAGCUAAAUUGUCUGAUAUGUUGAUUAAAAUUGAUGAUGGCAAAGCUGGUGACGAUAAUGUCGAUAUUUCUUCCUUAGAAGCUAAACUUGAUGAUAAUGAUUUAAAUAUUUCGCAAUUGAAGAAGCAAGUUGAUGAUAAAAACAUAUUAAUUGAUGAUCUUAAAGUGCAAUUAGAUAAUUUAAAUAGUGAGUACGAUAAUUUUAAAGCUGAAAAAGAGAGUACUGUUGGUAAAUUAAAUCUUAAAUAUGAAGAAGAUAUAAAUAUGUUGACUAAAUUGAUGGGUGGAUUGAAUAGCGAGUUAGAGGAUAAGAAGAAUCAAUCGGAUUUGGACAAAUUAAGGAUAGAAAGUUUAGAAGAGAGUUUAAGGUUCCAUGAAAUUGAAAUUGAAAAGGGUAAAAAAUUGAUUGAAGGAUUGAAUUUAAAGUUAGAGGAAAAAUCGGAGGAAUGUUUGAAAUUAUUACGCGAGGGUAGUGAUGAUAAAGUUGAGAAAAUAGAUAAUUUGACAAAUAAAAUUCUUGACAAAGAGCAAGUUAUUGAAACUUUUUUGCAGGAAAAAGAAAUGCUUGAGGGUAAAAUACAUGAAGAAACAGUUAAAAGUAAUGAACAAAUGUGGGUGAUUGAAGAUUUAAAUAAUCAAAUUUAUAAAUUGAAGGUUGAAAUGACGGAAAAAGAAGCUAAUUUAUUGUCAAUGUUAAAUGAAAAAGAAACCCUUGAGAGUAAAUGGAGGCAUGAAGUUAAUGAAAAUCAAGGCAAAUUAGAGAGAUUAAAUGAAUUGUCACAAGAAAUAGAUAAUUUGAAUAGUAAAAUAAACGAUUAUGAAGCUCAAUUAAGUGAAAUUUCAAAUGAAAAAUUAUUGUUGGAAAAUAAAAUUGAGGAAAGCGAAAAUGAAUUAUCGAUGAUUAAUAAUUUACAGAGUGAAAUAGAUGCGUUGAAAAAUAAUUUAAGUGAUAAUGAAAAUAUAAUUGAGUCAUUGAGACGCGACAAAGAAAUUCUGGAACAUCAAUUACGUGAUGCGGAAAAUAAAUUAUUAAUUAUUGAUGAGUUGAAUAACGAAUUAAAUGCUUUGAAGACUACACUAGCAGAUAAAGAUAAUGAAAUAAUUGAAUUAUCUCGAGAUAAAGAAAUUUUACGGGAUGAAUUGCAAGUUAAAAAUAACGAAUUGCGAGUUAUUGAUGAUUUACAUCGUGAACUGGAUAAUGUUAAGAUGAAAUUAGCUGAGAAAGAUGAAAUGAUUGAGUCUACUUUGAAGGACAAAGAAAUUUUGGAAGAUCAACUUGGACAGAGUGAAGGUAAAUUGAAAAUAUUUAACGACGCGAAUCAUGAGUUGGAAAUUAUUAAGCACAAAGUAAUGGAGAGAGAAGAAAUAAUUGAAUCGAUGUCUAGAGAAAAAGGAAUUCUGGAAGAAUUGUUGAGCGAGAAGGAGGAAAAACUUCGAUCGUUUGAUCAGCUGACACUUGAGAUGGAGGCGAUGAAAAAUCAAAUGAUGGCUGAUAAAGAAAUAAUUGAUUCGAUUUAUGCUGAUAAAUCUGUAAUGGAAGAUAGACUUAGGGAAGAGAUGAGUGAAAAUCAGAGUUUGUUGAUUAAAAUACGAGAAUUAUUGUCGGAAAUUGAGAAACUGAAGAACGAAUUGAAUAGCAAAGAGGCAGAAUUGGAAGAAAACUUUAAAAUUAUUGAUGACGUGAAGAUGCAGCUUAGAAACCAGUCGGAGUAUGCGGAAAAUUUGAAAGUACAAAUUGAUUCGUCUAAUCGUAUGAUUGAUCAGAUUAAAAUUACACACGCAGAUGAAUUGAAUGCAUUGAAUAAUCAAUUGGAUUCAACUGUUAGAGAUUUGAAUUUGAAAUUAAAAGAAAUUGAUGAUUUGAAAGCUGCUUUAAGUGAUAAAGAAAAAUUAAUUGGCAAUAAUAUUACUAAAGAGGUUAAAAUUGAUUUAGAAAAUAAAAUUUUUCAAUUAGAGCGUCAGCUUGAAGAUGCUCAUAAUAAUAAUGCGAGUCAGUUGCAAAAAAUGAAGAUAAUUGCAGCUAAUUUGAAGAAGAAAUCAAUUCAGUGUCAAGAGCAUGAGAUGAAAUUGAAUGAGUAUGAUGAAAAAUGGGAGCACGAGACACGGGAGAAAGAUUUAUUGAAUGAAAAAGUUGUUGUGCUUCAAACAGAACUUGAAGAAAAGAAUAAACAAAGUGAGGAGUUGGAAAAAUUAUUACAGGAUAGUAUCCGUGAGCUUGAUGACUUGAAAUUAAAUCACGAAAAACUGCAGGCUGAAUUUACGCAAGUGGAUAAAAUUCUUCGGGAAAAUAAUCAGGAGCUCGCUGCGCUGAGAGAAAAAUAUCAGAAACUUGAAGAGGAAAUUAAAGAACGCGUUGAUGAAGUCGUAAGAAUUGAACGGCUACGAGAUGAAGUGACGGCAGAGUUUACUAAAUUUAAAGAAGAAAAUUAUCGAGAUAAAGUUGAGGUGGACAGUGAACUUGAAGAGACGAAGGAAAAAGCUCGUGAACUUGGUGUUCGUAUGCAAGUUAUGGAGAGUGAGUAUUUGGAACAUUUGAAUACUAUUCAGAUGUUGAGAACAGAAAAUGGUAUGCUGAUGUCCAAACAUUCACAGUUGAAUGAACGCUUGGAGACCACGGAAAUUGAUUUUGAAAAGAAGAUCAAUGACUUAGAAAACGUUAAAAGUAAACUUGAAGAGGAGAAUGAGAAAAAAAAUAAACAGCUUGCGGAUAUUGAGUUGAAAUUAAUUGAAGCGAAUCGAGUUGUCGAAGAACUUAAAUUACAAAAUAAUAAUUUAGAAGAUAAAAUUUUGGUAAUUGAAGAGCUUGAAGUAAAAAUUAAAAAUUUGGAAGAACAAAUUGAAACUGUAAAUAAAGAAAAAGAAUUUUUAGUAGAAAAAUUAGAAUCUUUAUCGUUAGCUAAAGAAUCUGGAGCUAUAACAGAAGAAGUAGGAGGGCAGAAUAUAGAAAAUAUUGAAGAACCGGAUGCAAAACUUGUUGACGAAGAAGAAUGGGGAUGGAAUGCUCAAGAAGCAGAGAUACCUGGUAUUCAAAUUACACCUUUUCGCACUGAAGAAACGCAGAUGCAAGCUAAAAUAGCUGAAUUACAAGACACUAUAAAAGAUCUGGAGGAAGAAAAAUUACGACUAAGUGAUGAGUUGAAGGCUAUACAAAUUAAAAACGGUAAAUUGAUAAGGAAAGUUAAGGAAUUUAAAAUUCACAAUGAUAAUUUAUCACAGCAAUUAAAAUUACAAAUGAAUUCAAAUAAAUUUAGUGAUUUAGAUUCGGCUAUUGAGGAAGAACUUAAGAGCCAAGUGGCCCAGCUUGAGAAAAAUUUGAAUACAGCCAAGAGUGAUAAUGAAAAAAUAGCCGCUGAAAGAGAUAAUUUAUUGAAACGCAUCGACGUUUUGACUGCGGCCAAUGAAAGUUUUAUCGAGACAAAAGAACGCCAGGACCGGGAUAUUGAAGUUAUGGUAAUUAGAAACAAAGAAUUGAGUAAUAAAAUUCAUUUGCUGGAGUCUAGAGUCCCGACAACCGGGGAUUCAGAUGAAAAAGUUGACGGCUCGCAUGAAUCGCACGGCGACGAGUGUGUCAAGUGUAAAGAAAAAAUAAACGAACUGCAAGAAAAUUUAGAAUUGCUGUCUAAUGAAAAUGAAGAACUGAGAGCACUUAUUGAGCACGAAAAAAUGGAACUGAGUAGACAGAAAAGAGAGAUUGAAGAGUCGAAAAAUUUAGCUGAAGGUAUGAAAGUUAAUUUCUACGAUAUGCUUGAAAAGUCACAUACUAAAGAAAAAAGUUGUUUAGAAAAUCUAAGCGAAGUAACGGAGAUAAAAGAAAAUGUUGAGGAAAAUCUUGAGAGCACUUUGAAAGAAGAGAGACUGAGGAUUGAGCAGUUGGAAAAAAAAAUAGCUGAAGAUGGUGAGGUAAUAAGUAAAUUAAAUUGCCAAGUUGAAGGCUUAAACAUCGAGCUGGCCGUCAAAGAAACCUUAAUAACCGAGGUGAAAGUACAAUUGGAACAAGUUGAAGCUGCUCUCAAGGUUAAAGUUGAGCUUAAAGAGCAACUCGAGUUAGAGCGCGAUAACCUUUUACAUUCUUUGCAACAAUUAAAUGAUCAGAUUUAUGAAAAUAAUAUUGCGCUUGAGGAAAAAGAUAAUCGAUUAAUUUUAUUGGAAAAUAAUUUACAAAACACGUCGGAAGAAUUAAGAGCACGUGAUGAUACUAUAGUACAAAUGAAUAAUACGUUGGUUGAAUUGCAGCAACUGUUGGAGAUGACGAAUGAAGAAAAAAAUAAAUUGAAAGCCGAUUACGAUCAACUGAUUGAUGAGUUAAAAUUAACAAGUCAACAAGUUGAAAAUUUGACAGCAAAAGCUAGAGAGUUAGAGGAAUUGAGAAUAGAAACUGAUAAUCAUUUACAGAUGUGUCGCAGUGCUCAAGUUAAAUGCUUGGAUGAUCUUGAAGGAGUUGGCGCUGAGAAAAUUAGAGUAGAAGAAACUUUAAGCUCUUUGACAAGUCAAGUGUCUGGUAAAUAUCAAGAGUUUGCGGAAAAAGAUUUGCGUAUCCAGACAUUAGAGGAAGAUUUAAUUAAUUUGUUGAAGGAGCGCGAUAAUUAUUUAAAGUCUUAUGAAGAAACGGAUAGUAAAUUGAGUGAAAUAACUGAUGCAAUGGCUAAUGUUACUGAAUUAUUGAAUGUACGAGUUCAAGAAGUUGCUGAUUUGAAACAGUAUAUCAAGAAACUUGAGUUUGAUAGACUAAGUAUCGAUGAUCUUAAUGCCCAGAUAAAUAAUUUAAAUGACAGGUUAACGGAUAAAGAUAAUGAACUAGCGGAAAUGAGGAAUAAAUUCACUGAGGAGUUGGAUGAUAAAGUAAAAGAAAUUAUUUCUUUGCAAUCUAAACUCGAGGAGUUGGACAAAGAGUACAGUAGUAUUAUUUCUAGCUCGAAUAAUCAUGCGGAAGAAAAUAAAUUAUUGAAGGAAGCGAUUAAUAAUAAUGAGGUACUUAUUGAAAAUUUACAAACUGGUAUCAAAGAUCGGGAUGAAAGAAUUAUUUAUUUGCAACAGCAAGUAGAUGAGUGCAAUGAAGAAAUCCAGCGUAUGAAUUACGUAAUUGCUGAUUACGAAGAAUCUUCAAAUUUGUCUGUAAUUAAAAUAAUGGAAUUGACUGAAGAAGUGUCUAGGGCACGUGGUUUAGAAGAAGCAAUAAGCGAAAUUAAAGCAGAACAUCAGCAGACAGUUGAAAGUCUACAGAAUACGAUAUUAGAAAGUAAGCAAGCAAUUGAUGAAAUUAAAAAUCAACUGAAUGUUAAGGAUGAAGAAAUAGAAGACUUAAAAUAUAUACUUAAUGAAAGCACGUAUCCAGGAAUAAUCCAAGAGCUUCAAAAUAAAAUAGAUACUUUGUAUCAGGAGAAGAAUCAGUUGACACUGGCUUUGAUGAAAAGUAACAAAGACUUGGGGGAAUUGGAAUUGCCUAGUGUGGAUUUGAGUAAAAUAGAGGAAAAAAGUGAAUUAAAAGAUUUGGGAUCCAGUGAAUUAGAUGUCGCGCUUUAUAUGUUACAUCAACGAGAUGUGAGGUGUGAAGAAUUGACUCAUGAGUUGAUGCAGCUGCUAGAAGAACGUGAUACUCUUCAAUUACGGUUAUCUAACGCAAUUCGCGUCAAUGAAGAGCUCAGAAAAUAUUCUCCAGGUACUUCCAAGCCGGAAGAUGAUGCUGAUAGUGUUGCUAGUCAGGAGACAAAUGACGCUGCUUCUGUUUCCUCACAGUCUGAAGUUAAGGGUAAAGAAAUCCUUGCUGAAAAGUUAUCACAAUUACAUAAUGUUGGUCAUCGUAAAGACAUAAGGCUUAAGGACGAACGUGAAUUACGACAUACACAACAAAUGUCAUUAAUUGCUCAUAAAGAAGCGCUUAGUACUUUACCACCAGACGCUGCUGCCAGGCUCAUCAAUGCUAAAUACACUGUCUCACGCGACGUCCAGAGUCAGUCGAGCGUGUUGCUAAAUUGGCUGUGGGGUAAAAGCACACCGAAAGUAGUUCAUAUGUGACAUAAAAAAAGAAAAAUACGUCAGAGAUAACUUGUAUAAUGUAAAAAAAAAACAA